UUGCAAUUAUUUUCGUGAUUGUGUGCGGACGUUCGUUUUUUGAUAGCGCUCGUUGUGCGGUAAAAAGUAACGGAAAUUAGUUAAAUAAAGAAAAAGUAGAAUUGAAAGGUAUAAUAAUUAUUAUAGUAAAACUAUAAAAAUUUUGAAAAAUAUUCAUAUAUCACGGUUUAAAACUACUGCGGUAACAAACAGAGUUUUACGCUAUCCACCCACACUUGACGGCAUUUGAUACUCAACGUCGAAAUUUUGUCCGCGUAUUUGUAUUUUUAAACAUUUCUGUAUCCUUAUUCUAUUUUUGUCGAAAAUCGGUUUUCACAAGUGUUCGUCAUUUUGUCAGUGACAUUGUGUGUGUGUUAACACUGCUGUCCUUUUUAUCCUGUCAUUCGUAUUCCGACUUGAUAAGGGUGUGUACUUGAUGACCUACCCAUUGAAAAAAGUAUUUGAAGUGAAAUAUAAAAUAAACAAGUGAAACAUUCGUGUACACCUGCAACUGCAACGUUAACAUAAAGUGCAAGGUAAAAACUAUUCGAAAAUACGCCCUGUGCAAGUGAGGUACCGAGUUUUCAAUUUUUAUAACGCACAAAAAGCAUAAUUUUCACCAAAAUGUCGGUAUCAUCAAAUGCAUCAUCUGCAUCGUCAUCUGUAACUGGUGUGCCCAUCAGCAAUGGCAGUGGGAGUAGACCAUCGUUGGGACGACCGGGCAGCUGUGAUUCGUCCUCCGCAGGCAGCGACUCGUCUGAACUAACACAUAUUCUGAAUCGCAGACAAGUAAUUAUGGAUUCGCAGGAAGCUGGCAUUGAAGUGCCACAUCAAUUCAAAGUGGUUAAUGUAUAUACGGAAUUCCACGAAUUCUCAAGGAAACAAAUUAAGGAUUAUCAAAAAACCUUUAACAAAUAUGACGUUGGUCAUGACGGCUAUUUGGAUCUGACCGAAUUGAAAUUCAUGAUGGAAAAAUUAGGCGCACCACAAACCCACUUGGGUCUCAAGCAAAUGAUCGCCGAAGUCGAUGAGGAUCACGAUGGUAAAAUUUCGUUCCGCGAAUUCUUAUUGAUCUACCGCAAGGCACAAGCCGGUGAGCUCGACAACGAUUCCGGACUCAAUCAAUUGGCGCGUCUCACCGAAAUCAAUGUCGAGGAGGUUGGCGUAACCGGCGCGAAAAAUUUCUUCGAAGCCAAAAUCGAACAACAACUGCGAUCGAAUAAGUUCCACGAUGAGAUCCGACAAGAGCAAGAGGAGCGGCGUCGCGAGGAAGAGGAACGUGCCAAUAGACGUUUACAAUUCCAACAGCGUGCAGCGAUCUUCCAGUAAAAACGAACGUCAUUGCUUUACACUGUAUGUGGAGCGGGGAGCGUAAGGGGGGAACAAUUGGGAAACUUUUAAGAUUUAUCGUCAUCAUCAACAUUUGUAGUUUUUAAGAAAAUGAUCAUUUAGGAGCAUCAACGCAACGUACUGACUGGGUGAGGAGAUGUUUUAGCGGGACUGUAGUAGUCAGUACCAGAAGAAGAAGAAGAGGAGGAGUAUGAACCACUCACACACAUCGCAUAUCGCAUAAAUAUUUGUUAAGGAACACACUCAAUUACAACACAACUACAACAAAAUAUGAAGCAUUUUAUGUGCAGCAAGCUUAAAAGUGCGCCAGCAAAUCAUAAAAGAAAAACAAAAACAACUGAACUAAAGUUAAUAUAAACAUAUAUACUAAAGUGCAUAAAUACUUUCAAUUUAACAAGUAUUGAUACCAAAUCACUUGUGCGCUUACACAUACAAACGUAGUAUAAGAAGAGCGCCAAUUUUAGUUUUAGUUUGCUUUAAGUCUUCGCGCGAAUCUUAAUUGCUUUGCUUGAGUGGGAGGUGUCAAGCUAAAAAGUUCAUUUUAUUUUACUUUAUUUUUUUGCAGAAUUUACAGUUUUAAAAAUUUUUUGACGAAUUUCCACUAUGGAAUUGAAAAAAAAAAUUAAUGGAAAUUACUUCAAUUUUUUUGCAAAAUUUUUUAAACUUGUCAAUUUGUUUUUAACUUUUUUUAUUAAAAAAAAAAUAAAUACUAAAAUUUUAAAUAAAAUAUUUUAAAGACAAAUUUUAAUAAAAAUUUAGGUUUCGAAAAAAAAAUUUAUGUACAUACAUAUAUUGUUUUAAUUUUCUUCAAAACUUAAACUUUUAUUGAAAUUUGUCUUUAAAAUAUUUUAUUUAAAAUUUUAGUAUUUAAUUUUUUUUUAUUGAAAAAAGUUGAUUUUUUUUUAAAUAACUUAAAUUUAUUUUUUGCAAAUUUUUUUUCAAACCUUUCACCUAUGCAUGUUUUUAUAUUUUUUUCAAAUUUAAAAUUUUUGUUGAAAUUAGUCUCUAAAACAUUUGAUAUAAAAUUUGAAUAUUCAAUUUUUUAUUUUUUAUUUAAAAAAGUGUUAAAAAUAUUUUUCUUACGAUCUUACUUCAAAAUGUUUGAAAAAAAUUUAAAUAUUUUUAUCUCGUUUAUUUAUCAAAAUUUGUAUUUAAGCAUUAUAUUUAAAAUUUUCGUAUUUCAAUAUUUUUUUUCGAAAACUUUUCGACUUUUGAGGCAUUGAAAGUUUUAAUUUUAAUUUUUUUAACUACAUAUGUAAUUUUUUUUGUUGUAUAUAAAAAGUCUUGCUGGAAUUUUAUCGAAAUAAUAUUUACUUUUUUAGUUAAACUUUUUUUUUAUUUAUUUUUUAGACUGCAAAUUUUAAUUAAUUUUUGGUACUUUUUUUAUUUGUUAAUUUUUAAUUUAUUUAAUUAAUUUAUUAAUUUUUUUAUUAUUUUUUUUCUUAAAUUUUUUUAUUUGUUGUUAUCCAAAAAAUUAGUUGUUCCAAGAGCAAUCUUGGAUAUAAUUAUAUUAUACAAUAUUUUUAAAAUGCACUCUCAUAAUUUUUCUAAACACUUCAGCAAAGCAAUUGACAAUCAGGUAAAUCACUUUAGUUUUUUAUACGAAAUGUGCAUUACUUUGCAGAAUACAUUUUUUUUUUUGCUUUUGUUUGUGUUGUUUGCUUAAUAUAAUGCAAAAUCUCAAAAUCCAUUUUUUUGCAUUGUGUAUCAAAUUUUUAUCCUUGUAUGUACCAAUUUUAUUUGUUUUGAAAAUAGAAAAAAUGUCUUAUAAACGAUAAUAUAACACUGCAGCAUUGUUGUUGCAUUUUGUAGCCGUUUAGUGUAAGCAUUUAGUUGUAGGUAUUUGUCAAGCAAUAAUACGCACUAUAAACAAUAUAAACUCUACCGUAAUUAUAACCGUAUAUCGUACAAUUACGACCUACAUACAUACAUAGCUACAUGGCUAUGCACUUUAAAAACUAAAAAAAAAACAUUAUUUAUUCAAUUACCUUAAUACUAAUUUUGCCGCGUUUUGGUUUUGCAAUAUUUUAAUAUUUUUAUGUAGAGUUGUUUAUUUUUUUCUUUCUUUAAUAUAUAUGUAUGUAUUUUUAGUGCCAUCUUUCGUUCGAUUUUUUGUUUUUUUAGCUUAUAUUUAUUUUUACAAUUUUUUUUUUU